AUGAUCCCAAAAAAAUUGCCAAAUUAUCUGGUACAAGGCUGGCUGGCUCGACAUGCAGCAAUAAAAGCUAUACUUCACCAAUAUGACGCACUAAAACUCCACUUUGAAUUGGCUAAGGAAAAGGACCGAUGCUACACUGCAGAACUUCUUUAUGAUAUGUACCAUGAUGAAAAGAAUUUAUUUAGUUUUUUAUCCUCAAUACUCUCAAAAGUUACUGCAAUAAAUAAAUUGUUCCAGUCCGACAACGUCGAUCCUCUUAAAUUGUUUGACGAUUUAAUGCUGUACUCUUUACUACAAAAAAUCGUAAUACCACAGCAUUUGAAAAAAAAAACAAGGAGACAGAAUUUGGAGCAUUUUGAAUUACGACAAUAUUUAAUGUCAACGAACUGCUUAAAUUUAGGAUAUGAAUUCAAUCUUACUUGCGCAGGCAGACCACCGCAAAAUGUUAAGAAUAUUAUGCACAGAUCUAUUUUAAGUUUACCAUGUUCUAAUGCGAGCGAUGAAAGAAUGUUCUUGAUCAUAAAUAUUGUAAAAGAUAAAUUAAGAAACAAAAUGUUCAUAAAAACCAAAACAAUUUUACAUUUAAGGGACAAUCUUCCGGAUGGAUGUAUAAAUUUUGCACCUUCAAAAGAAAUGAUUCGAAAAUUUAAUUCCGAAAAUAUGUAUUCUUCUAAUUUUGUUGAAGAUGUGUUGGAAACAUUUGCAGAAUAA